CAGUCUGGGAACGUUGUGGAGUAACAACAUCGGUACUGCUAAUAAUAGUCACCGGAACAUUUUGAAGUAGCAAUCGGGCGCUUUUUUAGAUCAAACCCGCGUGUGUGGAGGUAGGCUGGCUCUUCAGGCCCACGUAUAAAGCUACGCUGACACGAUGGAGACCAACUGGUUGUUUAUCGAGGCUUUUUCCCUCAAGGAAGCGUCUGGGACGCUGCUCCUAUCUCCGCGAAGCUAACCAUCGCUUUCGACCUCUUCUCCCGACCUUUUAAUUCUUUAAUUCCAUUUAAUUAAAACCAAUCUAUGAUGUUUAAAGUGUUUUUUAGCGUGUAGUGAGUUGAUAGGCAUCAGUUUAAUUCAGUUGUUCAACCGUCCCGCGGUGCGUUCACGGUCUCAUCGAUACUAACACAAAAUGUCGAAAACAACACAUUAGUCUUCUGCUUUUUUUAUUGGACUCCGACCGCUUUUACAAUGAAGUCUUCUCUGGCUCCUGGGAUUCAAGUGAUCACCUCGUUUUCUCGAGACAGCUGGUACCGCAGCUUCAUCCUCCUCCUCACCUUCCUCUUCUACACGGCUUAUCACCUCUCCAGAAAACCCAUCAGCAUCGUGAAGAGUGAGCUGCACCGGAACUGCUCCAACGUCAUCCGGCCUGCAGACCUCAACAUCACCAACAACGACACCUGGUGUGACUGGGCGCCUUUCGACCAAGAUGACUACAAGACCUUGUUCGGGGUCCUGGAUAACUGCUUCCUGGUGGCCUAUGCGAUCGGCAUGUUCUUCAGUGGGAUCUUCGGCGAGCGCCUGCCUCUCAGGUACUACCUGAGCUUCGGCAUGCUGUCCAGCGGCCUGUUCACCGCGCUCUUCGGCCUGGGCUUCUACUGGAACAUCCACUCGCUGGGCUACUACGCCGUCAUCCAGGUUCUGAACGGGCUGAUGCAGACCACCGGCUGGCCCGCAGUGGUGGCGUGCGUCGGGAACUGGUUUGGGAAGGGGAAGCGCGGCUUCAUCAUGGGCGUGUGGAACUCCCACACCUCCGUAGGAAACAUCCUGGGCUCCCUCAUCGCCGGCGUCUACGUCUCCUCAGAGUGGGGGAUGUCCUUCAUCGUGCCGGGCAUCAUCAUCGCCUCCACCGGGAUCCUCUGCUUCUUCUUCCUGGUGGAAAAACCCGAGGACGUCAACUGCGCUCCGCCGCAGCACCACAGCGACAAGGCCGAGGGGGAAUCCGAGCCGCUGCUCCACAGCUCGUCCCCCGUCGUCAGCAACGGCUCCAUCACCACCGACCCGGAGGAGGUGGAGGUCAUCGAGAGACACACCGAGGCCAUCAGCUUCUGUGGGGCCCUCAGUAUACCUGGCGUGGUGGAGUUCUCUCUCUGUCUGCUCUUCGCCAAGCUGGUCAGCUACACCUUCCUCUACUGGCUCCCUCUCUACAUCUCCAACGUCGCUCACUUCGACGCCAAGGAAGCCGGCGACAUGUCGACGCUCUUCGACGUGGGCGGGAUCGUGGGAGGCAUCAUGGCGGGGCUGGUGUCGGACUACACCGGCGGCAGAGCCACCACCUGCUGCGUCAUGCUGCUCUUCGCCGCACCCAUGCUCUUCCUCUACAACCACAUCGGCCAGAGGAGUCUCCCCACAACCAUCGGCAUGCUGCUGCUGUGUGGAGGGCUGGUGAACGGACCGUACGCGCUCAUCACCACGGCCGUGUCUGCCGACCUGGGAACCCACGAGAGUCUGAGAGGGAACUCCAGGGCCCUGUCCACGGUCACGGCCAUCAUCGACGGCACCGGAUCUGUAGGGGCCGCGCUGGGCCCCCUGCUGGCCGGCGUCAUAUCUCCGUCAGGCUGGAACAACGUCUUCUACAUGCUGAUCACGGCCGACAUGCUCGCCUGCCUGUUUCUAGCCCGGCUGGUUUACAAGGAGGCUCAGGGCUGGUGUGGCCGAGUCCCCCGAGCCAGAGGAAUCAAGGAAGUGUGACUCUCGACCAACGCCUGUCUUUAUCAAGACCGUUUUUUAAUCAGCUCAUUUUACAUCUUUAUUUUAUAUCAAUAAACUGUAAAUAUU